CUCAAAAGACGAGGCCGGAGCGCACUUCUCUCAACAACCACAUUAAACCUUUAGAAGUUUAGUUAACUUCAGCGUAACGAUGGCCCCCAAGAGCAAGAAGACCGGUGACACCAUCAACUCGCGCCUGGCGCUUGUGAUGAAGUCCGGAAAGGUCACCCUCGGCUACAAGUCCACCAUCAAGACCCUCCGCUCCGGCAAGGCCAAGCUGGUCAUCAUCGCCGCUAACACUCCUCCUCUCCGCAAGAGUGAGCUCGAGUACUACGCCAUGCUCGCCAAGGCCCCCGUCCACCACUUCUCCGGAAACAACAUUGAGCUCGGUACCGCCUGCGGUAAGCUCUUCCGUACCUCCACCAUGGCUAUCCUCGAUGCUGGUGACUCCGACAUCCUGUCCAGCCAGUAGGUGUAAAGCCUGGUCAAUGAAUUCAUGUUAUGUCUGAACGGCGGUAUGCCAUGAUGCACAACGUCACGGCACGAUUUAGAUAAUGACAAUGAACUUUACAUCUAUAUUGGG